CGGCGCUCAGCACUGCAGACAUCACGUGAUACAGAUUUCUCACACUGUGCUCUCUAUCGCUGCGUCUCCUGCUGCUGCAGGGCGCCGGGUGGUGACGUAGCAAGGAGGGCGGGUGAUUGGGGGGUGACUUUCCCAUCGGUGACCGGUCUACCUGCGAUGCUUGGGGCUGUGCGGGGAUAUAAAGAGUGACGAUCAGCUGACAGCGGGGACUCUGUGAGGAGCGGCAAUGGCUUUGCACGCAUUUCUCCGCUCUCUGCAGAACAUCGCACACAGGAGUCUUCUCCCAGCCUCCCAUCCGCUGCACACGGCGGCCGAGCUGCAGAACUCAAACAGAGCCUGCACGGGGCGGUCCGGCAGGAAGGCUUAUCUGAGGACGUAUCCGGUUCUGCUGGUGCAGCCGGACGGAUCAACCAUCUCCAUCCAGUAUAAGGAGCCGCGCAGGCUGCUGACUAUGCCGUUGGACAUUUCCACACUGUCGGAGGAGCAGCGCAAGGUUCGGCUGCGCCUCAGGAAUCGGCCCAAGAAGGGCAGCGCCACAAAGGAAAAGGACAUCUACGACGAUUCCAAUUUGGAUCGAUACAGUAAAUUCUGGAAGAAAAAAUAACUUUUUAUAAAAUCUACAUUAAAAUGUUAACAAGUGGGAAUAAUUAAUAAACGUUUUCUACAUACA